GUAGUAGUAAAUGGAGUGUUAAUGUGCGCGGUAAUGAGGGAGAGUGAGGCGCGUAUUGCGUCCAAUCCGAGUAAAUAUGCUCUGAACGCUGUAAUGGUGUCGUGGAUCCGGCAUCGCGACCUGCACAUCCUGACGGUGGGCGGCUACACGUACACGUCGGACCAGCGCUUCCAGGCGACGCACUCGGCGCAGACGGACGACUGGACGCUGCACAUAAGGGCGCAGCAGCGCGACGCCGGCGUCUACGAGUGCCAGGUGUCCACGCAGCCCGUGCGCUCCUUCUUCGUCACGCUGCACGUCGUCGAUUGUGACGAGAUAUACCAGCGGAUGUUUUCCGACGCAGUGCCGUCGGCGCGCAUCCUGGGCGGGCCCGACCUGCACGUGGACAUGGGCUCCACCAUCAACCUCACCUGCCUCAUCCAGUUCUCCCCGGAGCCGCCCGCCUACAUAUUCUGGUACCACGAGGACGAGGUGAUAUCGUACGACUCGUCGCGCGGCGGCGUGUCCGUGGUGACGGAGAAGGGCGCCGCCACCACGUCGUACCUGCUGGUGCAGGACGCGGCGCCGGCCGACUCGGGCCGCUACUCGUGCUCGCCCUCCAACGCCGAGGUCGCCUCCGUGCGCGUGCACGUGCUCAACGGCGAGCGGCCGGCGGCCAUGCAGACGGGCAGCGCGGGGCUGUCCAACAGCGCGCGCUGCAUGGCGGCGCUGCUGGCGGUGUGCGCGCUGCACGCGCGGCUGCUGCGCGCGCAGCUCGCCAGCUGAUCGCGCGCGCCCGCCGGCUAGGCGCGCCGCUACCGCACUCCACGCUCACAGACUCAUGCGCGAUAACAAGUUUUUCACUCAAAAUUUUAAAUGCGAAAACUUAGUUUUCGAUAAUACUUAAGUAAAACCGGGUAAGAUUUUUAUGAAAAGCGGAAUAUGCGUAGUGUCAAGUCACUGUGAUUCAUGCUCACGAACUGUCGACAUCAACAAGCUCGCACAUACAGUGCACACCGAUGGAUAGAGAAAUUAUAAAGAAUUGAACUCUCAACAUUAUAUAGAGUCGGUUGCUACUGAAUAUUGUAAAUAUAUUUAUUGUUUUAAUAGUUAAGAUAAUGUAUUUAAGGAUUUUGUCGUUAGAGAGAUACAGUUUAUAUGUAACACCGUGUGAUUGGAGCGCAUGACUCCAUUUGGUAAUGCGCGGAGUCGCGUCACUGCUCAGCUGACGCGUGUCAGCUGGUGCGAGCAGGCGGGUGUGAGCGGCGCCGGGCGGCGGCGGUGCUGGUCGCGCUGGACGCGUGCUGUCUGCGCGGGUGCUACCGACAUACAUCAAUAACAUUCAGCCUGUCCAGCAUCACUAGCGCCGCUCACGAGUACCAAAGCCCAGCAAAUUAUUAUGUGCCAUUAAGCAAGCACUCACUAGUUUUGGAUCUAAAUAAAAACUUUUAAAAAUAAAAUUAAUAUAUCAGAGUGUAUUGAUCGUUGUAUUUUCAUUAAAAUGUUACAAAGACUUAAAAUAAUACUAUGUGUUGUUGUUAUGCCUGAAUUUGUUCACUGAUCAGACUGCGCCUUUGAUUUAAAUCCUAAUUUGCGUUGUGAGUGCCCACACAGUACAGACUUUUAGUUAGCCGACAGUUUGUUCGCUCAUAACUCAGUAUGCAAAUUACUGGUAUUACGCAUAUAACAACGAGCAAGUAUUUGACCGGUGUCAGACCGACUUAUAAACAUUGAUUGAAUUCACAAUUUUCUUUAAAAAAACUUCCAAACAUCGAGCCAACUGUCGGCCGACUUUUUAGUCUAUGAGUACUCUCAUUUACCAACCAUCGAUAUUUUUACGAUUGACAUGAUGAAAUAAAUAACAUCCAAAAUCCAGGUUUAGUCUAGUGGUGGUAGUGUCACGCUCAGCACACAGUGCGCGUGGCGCGCCUCAGGCUGAACAUUUCAUAUUUAAAUGUAUCACAUACUUUAUUUUGUACAAUUAUGUUACUUAUAAUAUUAGGGACUUGUGCCGGUCCUGGCCACGCUCGAGCGACAUGUAAUAUACUAGGAUAAUUCAAUACUUUCUACAUAGAGUACUCGUUGGUGUGGGGAGGCGGCGACCAAUGUGGCCCUGCUCUACUUCUACAAUGUGCUUCACUAAUUAGGUAAAGCAUUUUGAAUGCUAAGCUGAACAGUUAGGCUCGCCCUCGGGGCUGGCUCGCGCCCGGCGCGCCGCGCGGUGUCGCCGACCAGCAACCGAGCCCUGCUUCAGUUCACUUAUUCGGAAAUAUUUAUUUUAAGUGUACAUGUUCAGUGUCGGUCCAUGUAAACUGAACGGUUUCAGACGUGUUUGCAGCACACACAGUGCGCGCAGAACAUGAGUAGUCGAGUGAAGCCGCGGGGCGCGCGAGUCGUCGCCGACUUCUGUGUUACUAUACAACAUAAUAACUACAUUAAGAAUAUUGUUCUGGCGUUUUGCAAACGUUUAGUCCUAAGUACCUAGUAUAACUGAUAGGAAAUUGUAAAUGACGAACAUUCAUAAUAAAAUGUUUUUAUAUAGAAUAAUUGUAAAUAUGAAAUAGAUACAAAGUUUUACAAUAAAAUUGAUCUAAGUAGGUAGAGGUGGACACUACGAUUGUAUGAUACGAGACUAUGUAUGUGAAACAUAAAACUAUAUGUAUACAUAAACAGAAUAAGUUUGUUUUCAAAUAAAAUAUUUAAUAUUUAAGUAA